UCUACAGUGCGAAGCAUUUUUUGACACUCAGUUGGUAAGACAAGCUAGAGCCAUGUCCUAUCCGAAACCAUGGCGCAGACGAGUCCCAAAGGAUCUAGCAGCUCUAAACAGGAACUUCUGUCACUAAAGGAUAUACUGACAGUUUUUAACAAUCCUAUAAAUGAGGAUCAGGCAUGGGCUGUGUGUCACCAAUGUGCCCAAUUCUUCCAAACAACAUCGGAUCGUUCAAAAUACCGGGAAUUUUACAAGCAUGGAGCUCGGGCCAUUCGUAUACGACCCGGUGGUGAAAUUCUAAUAGAAGUCGCGGAAUGUGAUAUAAGUCUCGGAUCGGGGAAAGGUCCGCCUUUACGGCGGAGGAAUUCUGUAACGGGGAAGGACAUCAAGGUUGUGACUGAAAGUGAUGCUGUACAAGGACUUGGACUGGUUAUCUAUCAGGCCCUUGACUAUGGAAUGGGUGCCGCUGAGGAACGGCACCUCAGCCUUGAACUGGAAAGUCUGGUGGAAUUUAUGACAAAUCCUGACGGGGAUGAAGAAGAUGCGUCCACGGCUGACGAUGAGGGCAUCGAGAAGGAUGCGAAGGAAAGCGGUCUGUUCCCGGACGUUCUCGCGAUUUGUGAACAGCACCUGUCCAAUGAGGUUAAUCCAGGAAACCAUUACCGAGCUGUGUGUCGGGCCCUGGUGGCCGAGGCUCAGGAACUCUGCUCCUUCUUGGAACAAAUCUCCACCGGUAAAGAGAGUCUAAAUGUAAAGGCGGAGGAUGACCUAACAAUAUUAGAUGAUUUACAACGUAACGACUGGGCGAGGCUAUGGGUACAGAUAAUGAAACAACUACGCCACGGGGUGAGGUUAAAAAGUGUAGAACACACUAACCUCACCCCUAGAGAAUAUGAGCUGACGCCGUUUGAGGUUCUACUGGAGGACAUACGUACGAGGAGAUACAACCUCAAAAAGACUGUGGUAAAUGGUGACAUCCCACUCAAGGUGAAAAGUGAUGCGCAUGCUGUGAUACUUGAUUUCAUUCGAUCUCGCCCCCCUCUACAUUCCGUAAAAGAUAGGAUAUUAAAAUCGCCCCCUAAAAGGCAGCUGGAUCCUGUUGAACUUCUACUUCAGGACAUUCGCCAACAACCCAAGUUGCGCCCAGUGAAGGACGGCAAGCUUGUAGUGGAAACAUCAAGAACAAAAUUGAAUAAUGCAGAUGAAACAGAAAGUCCCCUUCCUGUCAGAAAGGUCAUCAAACCAGACUUCAAUCUUCUACGUAAUUUUGAGGAUGAUACAGAUGAGUCUGAAUGUAGUCUACAGUCGUCACGGCGAUCCAGUGUGGCAUCCCCAUCUCCAGAAAGGGAGAUGCGUCCAUGGCAACGAGCUGUGGUACGAGACCUGGCUACUACCCAGAGCAGGCCUGUGAUGCUCCAGCGUAGGAAUACGAUAACGGUGUGUGAGUCGCCUGCUGUACAGGUAUAUCCCACCAGCACACCACAAUCCCCUAUCUUGGAGGAGACUGAUGAAGAGAAUGUAUUUCCACAAAAAGCGGCCCCUAUUAAGUCUCCAUCCAAUUCGCAUGAUAUUGCCGUGAAAAAAAUCAGGCGUCAGUCGGCAGUUUGUAAAUCGCAUGUGUCUGCCAAUGAUGUUCGACAGAGACUGAGUUUAAAACUGCAUGGUAACACUCCAGCAAUGUGCAUGUCUUCUCAGGACAGGGUGCAUGGUAGGGCUAAUCUUUCUUCACAGUCCUCGGGAAGUUACGAAGAUCUGCUGUCUGAUUCAUCAUCUCAGUCGUCACCACGUAUGAGAAAAGUCAGUGAACCAUUACUAUCGACAUACCAACAGAAAGUUCAAAGGUCAGUGAGUGUAAGUGAUAUGGCGGGGAACAGGCCUCAGCCAAUGACAAGGUCAAGAACAAUGCCCAAAGUCAGCAGCGAGUUGGAGACAAGUGAACAAUCUGGUGUGUCUGAUGAGACAAACAGACCUGUCCCUCGACCCCGCCCAGUUCCUGCCCCCAGACUGAGUCGUAGCUCUUCCCCCCUACCCACCCAGCAAUUAACCUCCCCUGCUGUAGUUCCCACCAGUAUAGGAGCAAAAUCUCUUUCCCCAUUGGUGUCGCAGCAAGAUGCUUCCCCAACUCCAGCUAGACGAGAAACUUCCCCUAAACCAGUGAAACGCCACCGAUCUUCUGUGCAUAGGUCAUCAACUCAGAGGGAGCAUCAUAGACAUAGACUGAAUUCCUCAGAGGAGGAACAACCCUCUGAGUUGAGCUCUGAUAAGACUUUAGCUUCAGAACAAAAGCAUAGAUCUUCAGAACGAAGACAGCGUUCUUCUGAACAAAGACAGCGUUCUUCUGAACAAAGACAGCGUUCAUCAGAACGAAAACAGAGUUCUGCUGAACACCGACAGAGUUCUUCAGAACAUCGACAACAUUCUUCUGAACGUAGACAACGCUCUUCAGAAAGAAAUCAAACCACUGAUUCUAAAUCUCGAGAGCGUAAACAGCGUACUUCAGAGAGGCGAAUCCCUGUUGACAUGAGCUCAGAGGUGAGUUCUGUCCCCUCCACACCUUCUACCUCUACCUCCUCCUCUGUAGUAUCCUCUCCCUCCCGUGUCUCCCCCGAUGCCUCCCCAAAACCCAGCCCCACCCCUCGACCACGCAUCCAGCGUUCCUCCAGUCACCAUAUUAAACGACAGAUGACCAUAUCAGGUGGGCCUGUGCCCACUGCAGACACUGAUCAAACAAUUCCAAAAGCAAGAGAUUCUACAAGGGAUAGUCCAAAGAUAUCUAUUCGGAAGGAAUCUUCUUCAGAAUUUGGAAGAAUGACACCCAAGACAGAUUCUGCUGUGGACAACCCAAGGGUUCCACGCCGAUCAGGUUCAUCACGGACCCCGCGACCAAUGAGCCUGAUAGAGGCAGACGACCGCCAUGCUAUUAUACAAGAGGCAGCGGAAUCUAGUCUUCAAACGAAUGGUGCAUCCAGUUUCUCGUCGCUUGAUGUGCGAGACCUGCUGAAUGUAAGUUCAAGGAUGAAGUCCUCCGGUGCUGGUGAGGAUCAUGCUUCUACUACUAACUGUAACGGUAGUCCUACACCUAGCUCCCAUCCAUCUUCUGCUGUGCCUGCUGCUGCCGGCUCUAUGCAUCAAGUUUUGAUCAAGAAAUGGUCACAUCCAAUUGAAUGUCUGUCUUUGACUCUUGAGGAGGUCACUCACAUCCGCACGGUCCUGACCAAGGCUGACCUUGAGACUGUCAUCACACAGAAGGACCUCUACACAUUACUGGCCAAGGGCAAAAUUUGUUUUACAUGUAAAGAAGUGAAGUUCUCCAUGUUUGGACAGUGGGGAACUCGGUGUAAGAUAUGUAAGAGAAACGUCUGCAAUAACUGUCUCCGCAAAAUGAAUGUGCCAACUGAACAUUUUGAGAACAUCCCUGUACACACUCUCAGUCCCAUACCUCUCAGUCCAGAAACACUGGACAUCAUCAGGGCAUAUGAAAGUACGGGGUCAGUUCCUCACUCUCCAACUUUGCAACGCAAACAGCAGCAAAGGCUGGAAACAAAAUCUGUGAAACCAAAAACACUACAGCGUGCCAACACAUUUACCGCAAACCAGGGUCCAGCCAUGCUACCCAACAAGAAUCUCCUGAAGGGCCCACAAAUGAACAUUUGUCGUGACUGUAAAGGAAUGAUCAUGGAGAUCAUAAGGACAAGUCGAACCUCGAUAGCACUUAUAAAUCAGGGGAAGGAACUCCCAAAAAAGUCCGCCAGUUCAAGUUCAGAUGAUGGAGGAAGUGGCAUGAAUCUCUCCUCACUGUCUCUCAAUGUAAAACACUUCUUCGCUCCGACAAAAGAGUGACAUGCGUCGGCGUGGUGGAUGUGUAGCAGAGUUGUCCUUACGGCUGCUGAAUGCUGAACAAAUAUUUUCACCAUUGAUGCAGUGUUCUAAAUGGAGUUAAUGGACAGACAUUCCUUCUGACUGAUGACUAGUGUGAUAAAUGUGAGCGGGAUACAGCUGGAGAAAGUCUUGUAACACCAUCCAAGUCACCUUUCUUCAGAAAGAAUAUUUAAGCUGCUCGCCUACUAAUCAGUGUCUCAACAGUGACAGAGCAGCUUCAUAUUUUUUAUCUUUUUGUUUUAUGCUGAGCACAAAAUUGGCUGAUAUUAUGAUAACAGAUUUAAAUCAAAAUUGUUGGUUCUGGCAAGACGGACAUUCAUUUAAUCGUAACUAAUUGUUAUGCCUUGCUACUUUUUGAAUGAGUCAGUGUAAAAGAGUUGCAGAGAUUCCAGUUGAGAAGAACAAAUAUUUUAUUUAAAAUGCAGAUAAGGUGUUGAUGACUAGCAAAUGAACUUAAAAAAGCCUAUGUGACACCCUAACUGUUUUACCCAUAUAGAUCUGUGUCUCCAUGUGUUUGUCACUGCCGAACGUGUCGAUCUGAGUUGUAAACAAGAUAUAGACUUACUGAUAAUAGUCUUGUACUGUUAGAGAUUUCGUAGAUCUGAAGACUUUAUCACGUUUGGGAAUACCUGGGUCUGCUUUACAACAAGUUUUAUUUUUAAUACAUUCAUAUUUUAAUUUAAAAUUUUCAUAAAUUCGAUAAUGAAUUUUCCAGUUUUUGAUAUUUUAAACAUUUUGUUUUAUGAUAUAGUAUUCAUAUAUGUGGUGUGUUUUGCCCUCUGCUGUUCAUGUUUCUUCAGGAAAAAAAUAUAUUACCGGUGCAAAAAAUCUUGACAAUAUUAGAACAAGCACAAAAUAUCACCAGUUUGAAAAAUUACAUAAUUUAGCCAUCAUACGCAUAAUUAACAGGUCACUAGGCAUUGUUUGAUUUAAACUUUAAAGGUUAAUAUGCAGACAUUUUAUUCAAUAUUUCAUAAGUUUGAACAAAAAUCAUUGCUAGAGGCAAUCUUAAAUUCUAUAUCAUACAUCUAAUCAAUUGCUUGUUCAUCGGUAUAUAUAACUUACCACAAUCAGUUAGGACAAACUCUUGGUACACCCAGCUGUUAACUCAUUCACCCCUGAAGACACAUUUGAACUCUUCCAAUUCAAAGGUUGGAAUAGCUCAUUGUAAAAUUUCAGGGGUGAAUGAGUUAAUCAGAUAUUCAUUUAAUUGUAUCUUCCGGGGAAUAUUUAUAUACCAGUACAGGUAUACAAUUGAGUGCCAUAUUCUAAUUAAAAUUAAAGACAAUUUGCAAGGACAAUUUUUAUUUUGUUUUUCAAAAUGAUUAUCAAUUCCAGCCGGUAAUUUAAACGAUACUUGGUAAUUGUGUUUUCAAAUUCCAUGUGAAAAAGACAAACAAUUAACUGCAUAGAAAACAGUUAAGUAUACAGACAUGAAUUAUUUAUUGUGUUCAGCUGAUAACGAAACAUGUAAGAGGUGCAUGAAGUAAAAUGUUUGGGGGCAAGUGUGAAUAUAGCCGACUAGAAAGUGAAUAUAGCCGACUAGAAAGUGAAUAGCCGACUAGAAAGUGAAUAUAGCCGACUAGAAAGUGAAUACAGACGACUAGAAAGUGAAUAGCCGACUAGAAAGCAAAAUGAGUACUAAAGGAAGGGUUAGGGGGAAAAGGGAAAGCAUGUGAUAUAAAGGGAAAGGGAGGGAUUAGGUAAAAAUGGGAUGAAUAGGACAGGGAGUGUGUCUGUGAAUACGAGAAAAACAGAGAGAGAGAGAGAGAACGUUUUUUGAAGGUACAUUGUAUAUCCUUUAUGUAGAAUAGGGGUAUUGUAUGUAGUGGAAAUUUGAUAGGAGAGCUGUAGAGGUCAUUAGGGGUCAAGUUUGGAGAGGAAAAUGUGUGUUAUGUCAUUGAUUUCCUCAUUUGAGUAUCUCUGUAUAUAUAGUCAGAACUAUUCCAUUAUUUUACCAUUGUGGUGCUGUAAGUGAUAUUCUGUGAUUUUGUAAUUAUUUGUGUUAGAUUUCACAACUGUCAUCUAAUGGAACACAUGUAGUACAUGUAAUUCCCCACCAGUAUAUAGCCGGCCAUUGUUUAGCUUGUUUCCGAGGACAACCCCAGGCUGUUUACCAUUGUGAUAUUAUAGAGCACAACACAAACCCUAUUUCUGUGAUGUGAUGCGGUACCACAGCCCUGUUGUUUUAUACUGGCUUUAUACACAAAUUAGGAAUUGAACAUUAUUUGAAAGAUGCUGUACAUCUCUUGAAUUGACACGUUGUAGUGUUGGUGUUGGGACAGUGUCAGUGUUAAAAUAGUGAUAUAAUAGGGAUUGUAAUCUUCACAAACAACUCAUACCCAGUAUAAUAAACAUGACAAAAGUGUAGAGCAGGUCUUGUCUGCCAGGGACCUUUACCCGACAUGCAGGGAACGUAUUCAUGAAAUCUCAUUCUCAUUCUCAAACUUUAUUGUAACUCAUUUAAAUCAUGUAAUAUGGUCAAAAAUCAAGUAAAACAUUGAAGACAGUUUUCGUCUUUAAGUCUGUCCAUAAUUCUUCCAUAUCAUCGACAAAAUGUGAUUUUUUUAUUGAUUUAUCACGGAAAAAAGAUAUAGGGGUUGAGGACAAAAUCUUAUUUGAGCAUGAGAAUGGUUUCAUGAAUACGGGCCCAGAACUCAGUUUGUACUAAUGUAUAGUUACUGUCACCAGAUUGCUGCAGAGUUUUAUUAUUUUUAUAACUUUUUUCCAACAUCACCUUGACAAGUCUCUAAAUGAAACAUGCGGGUAUAUGUUCAAUUGCUUUCUAGCUGUUAAUCAAGGGGUCUGCAAGUUAAUAACCCAAAACAAUUUUUAUUAUGGUGCAGAUGCUGUUGAAUGUGAUUUUUUGUGAGCUGUUGUAUUUACAUUCCCUAUUCAACUCUUACCUGAAUGUAUAGCUAGACUUCAGAAGUCAAAAUUCUCUUUGUUUGCAAUAGGUUGUUAAUUACAUUACAAUAUAUAUAUAUGCAAAGUGAAAGUACAAACACAAAUGGCACUGUUUAAAUUGUUAAAGUCCAUGACACAGUGGAGAGGCACCUAUUAUUGAAAAACACAUUUUUUUAUAUUAUUAAACUUUUAAUGAAGAUCAAACGAGUAUACCAUUGUUUGUAGAUAUGUUUCCUGUUGAACAGACUGUUUGUUUUACCGUUGACCGCAGUCCGUCGCUGUACAAAGUAGUGCUGAAUUAUUACACAGGUUGUUGAAAUCUUCAAAGUUUAUUUAUCUUGAAAGCAAAUUGUUCAGCAAAUGAAAUGGUUCAAGCAUUCAGGUAUUUAUCACAAAUUAAUCAUAGAUCUUGAAAAAUAAAUCUGUAUGUCAUGUCAGAAAUUUCAAAUGGUUCCCACCUAAUUUCAUGUGCUUUUGAAACUUUAUAGCAUUAAUAAUUUAGCAAAGAUCAAAUUAAAUUGAUUUUGAUUAAUUGAAAUAUUCCUUAACUUAUUUAAAGUAAGCAUAAAUUUUCAACUUUAAUUUUAGUAAAAACACACAAUGAUGGAGACAUUUUCAGUCUGAUCUAGACUGAUUUAUCAUGAAUAUAUAUUAGCAAUGAUUUCUAGCUGUUACAUGAUCCUACAGUGAAAACAGAUUAUGCAUGUAAUGUGAACUAUUUUCAGUUUAACAGUGCAUCUGAAAAUCUUUUAUUCUGAAAUUUGUAUAUACAAUGUAAAUGAUUGUGAUACCUGUAUGUGAUACCUGUAUCAGAACAAGAUUAUUGGUGUUAUGUGUAUCAUUUGUGUAUUUCGGCAUCUACCAGUCAAUUGCGAAUCUCAACAGUUACAAAAGAUCAAAUAUCCUUCCUUAAUACUUACAUUUUUUUUACUAGUACAGAGCCUAUAAUCAAACAUUUUUUCAGCUAUCAUCAGUGGUGUUAUAAUAUCGCCUUUGGUAUUAUAAUAUAAAACCCAGGUCUAUAUAUAUUACCAAUGGUACAUUGUAUUAUGAUAUUAAUCCUGGUCUUAAUCUCACCAAAUAUAAAUGAAUAAGUUUUUAUACUUCUAGAUCAAAUUUUGAUUGAUAUUUUUUUUUUUUUAAUUUUAUAGGUUGAAGUUUUAAAUUCAUUAUGUCAACUCUAGUUGUUUUGCUCCACUCUAAGAUAAUUCGAGGUUUGUGAAGUAUGAAGGUCUGUUACACACAAAUACAUAAGUUGUUGUUAUAGGAAUACACAAUAUAAUCAUAAGAUAAGAAAUGCUUGUUAUCCAUUAGUACCACAGUACUCCAUCUGUCCAAGUGUGAAUGUGUUUAUUUUUCAUUUAAACUCAUCAGGUCUUGAUAUAGAUAUUGUUUAGAAUAGAAAAUGUAUAUUCUGAUUCACAAUAUCGUAGCAAAGUCUAAGAAAUAGUCAUUUAAUUUAUUUUCAUAUUUGAAUGUUUAUUUUGGAAUGUUGAACACAGAACUAUUUAUUAAAAAUUUCUAAAUUUCAUUUUUUUUCUUUCCCUAAUACUUUCAUCACCAUCAUUUUUAAGUCAUAUUAGAAAUGUGAAUAAACUCUAGAUAUUUAUUUGAUAGAUUGGUAUAUAUUGAGGUUUGUUGUAGUUGAUAAUGUCCUGUGGUUUGAGGACUGCAUAAUGAUUUUGAUCCGUAUCACUUGUUACCCGUCACCUUCACUCUGUCCAAGUUAGCCGUUAAUCUUACAGGGAACAAAAGCAAUAAAUGUUCCUGUAAUUAUAGAGCAUCACCCCCAUCUUCUGUAUCAAGUGUUGUUUCAUUGAUACUUGUACUAUUCUUCUAAAAUUUUCAUUUCACAAAAAGUUAUAUACAUUUGUAACUUGUUUUAAGACGAGGGAGUUAAUGUUAACCCUCAUUCCUGUAUCAAGUGUUGUUUCGUUGAUACUUGUACUUUAUUCUUAUAAAAUUUUCAUUUCACAAAAAGUGAUGCAACUUGUUUAAAGCCGAGAGCGUUGAUGUUUCAUAGACCCCAAUCUCCUUUACUGGUCAAAGGACAUCAUUCGAUCAAUGUAAUUCUCUCAUAGUGAUAUUAUUAUGCUUCUUUCGCCACAGAUUUUCAUUCCUAAUCUAGAAAUGAAAUACACUGUAAUGUUGUUUGAGUGUCGACUCGACCAUCCACUCCCUUGGUUUUACCUGGUGUCGUCUGCGUAGACCGGUAGUGGCAGUUUGUAUUGUAGAUCUUUUUUUAUUAUCUGAAAUCGAUGCAUACCAACACCACAUGAAAUAAAAUAUCAGAAAAAAA